UCCUCCCCACCCUACUACGCUCAACUGGAGAGUUUGUCUUCUUCAAAAAUUUCCAAGACGAGAAAAGAAAAUCAUCCAAAUCAUGUCUAGUUUUGAAGACGAAGCCUCACCUCGAGACCCGUUUCUCAAAAAUGAAGUCGACACAGAGUUCAACUCAUUGCCUGACUAUUCCCCUUCCCAGGCGAAACAAAGGGCUGCGGCGAGAGCAAGAACCUGGCCAUUGAUCUUUUCUACGGCCUUCUUUGCUUUUAGCACUGCCGUAUUGCUCUUCCGGUUGCACACAGGGACGGGAAGUUAUGCCAAUAAGCAGUUGUGUGUUGACAAUCCCCGAGGGCUACCUCUCGGACCAGAGGAAAACUACCGAGGCAUAGACAUGACCUUCACGGGCGCUCUCACCUGGAACUCGAGUGGCGAUUUGAUCAACGACUACGUACCCGGCCAGAGGCGCUGGUCGGGCCCUCCAACCCCAAACAUGGACGAAGCUUGGGAUGGCUUGGAAGAAUUCUGGACCGUGCUCCUCGAAGGCGAUGAAGCGGACAAUGUCCGCGACCAGACCCUCUUGCAAAAUGGAUACUGGGUUACCGGACUCGACGUAUUCCACCAACUGCACUGCCUGGACUCCCUCCGCAGGGCCACCUACCCUGAAUUCUAUGAGCAUGAGGGCACACCGGAUCACUGGCACCUCCACAUAGACCAUUGCGUUGAUUAUUUGCGUCAGGCUAUCAUGUGCCAUGGCGACACGAGCCCAAUGACAUUCAAAUGGCAUGCUAGCGCCCAGCGCUACGGGCCCGACUUCGCCUCGACGCGCUUCUGUCGCAGGAGGUUCGAUGAUAUCGUCGACUGGUCGCGUGCGAGGACCCCUCAAGCCAGAAGAGGCACAACAGGAAAAGAAACUGCGAAGAACGGGAUCAAUAUCUAUAACGAUACGAUCGCGGGAGUUGACCCUCAUUGGCUUGAAACCCAUCCAGAGCGGAGGAGGUCGACUUACAGCCCCUAAAUGCUAUUGUCAGAUUCAUGCUUUUCAUUAGAAUAGGUUAUUAUUACUAUGGGUGUUUCUGUGCUAGGAACAGCUGCUUCUAAAGACAGUAUGAGGUUUUUGACAGAUGUGCCAGGUCGGGGUUGAUGUGGUACUGGCCAUAGAUGCUGCUGGCGUCGUUCCUCAACCACUCUUCUUUUAGCCAUUAUGGCUACAAAUUUAGUGUUGAGCCUCACCCUUUUCUAUCUACUGGUGUAGAUUAGAAACGUAACGUUGCUUCUAUCAAAGCUUUGACUGCUAGUUCUGGUUAUAAGGGCAGUUGGGGAGCUAGGUAUCCCUAAUACAAAACGGCCCUCUAGCCUAGACUAGAUAAUACUAUUGAUAGUGAAAUGGUGAAGAUUUGGGUAGUAAGAAACAGAAAACGCUUCGCAAAUAGAGUCAGACAUGGCUGGUUUUAAUCUAGCGGCAUUGAUACUGGGGUUCUGGAUUGUCAUAUUUCCUGCUACUCUAUGCAUACCUCGAGUGAGCUGCAACGUCUACUGUUAAAUACUUGGUUGACAGAGAGCACAGAAAAAAAGUCAGAGGAAAGAAUGAUAAACAGACGCUCCCUAUUAAGGUACAAAAUAGAGUUUAUUUGGGGAAGGGACACUGUUUAGCAUCCGUGGCCAGUCUCUCACAACGAAUGGCACUGGAGCGAGGAUGUACACAGUCCUCGCCCAUGUUCUUCAACUCUUUGAUCAAGCUAAACUCGUUGUUAAGUCCACUGUCAUUACAUCCUUUAUCGCAUGAAUAUUUGCAUUUGAAGCCCUUGGCGACCUUGUACAGGCUGGGCAUGCAAGCCUUAGGGCAGAGCGCAGCGGCUUCACGAGGGACUGCAAGUUUGCUAGCCAUGGAAGAAUCGGACCUGUCGGCGAAUACUGUAACAGAUGCUGCACCAGCGAGCAUUAACCAAGUAAGUUGGACCAUGGCGUUAACCCAGUUAUGCGGGUGGCUACAGGCGCUGUGUUAGGCAAUAUCAAUUAUAGAGUAUAGCAUACAGUGAAGAUAUCUAAGUUGGUGAUCUU